UCAUCAACCUUACCUCCGCAGGGAAGUAUCAGGAAUGCCGAAGAAAUUCCAGGGUGAGAAUUCCAAAUCGGCCACAGCGAGGGCCCGGAAGGCCGAGGUCAAAGCAGUCGCUGAUGCACGCAAACAGAAGGAGCUGGAGGACGCGCUCUGGCAAGAUAAUAACAAACAUGUCAUGAAGAAAGAGCAGAGGAGGGAUGAUAAGGAGAGAAAGCGUUUGGAGGCUCUGGAGAGGAAGAGAGAAAAGCAAAGGCUCUUAGAGGAAGAAGAUGCCAAGAUAAAGGGUAAACCGACAAAAGAAGCCCCUAGUAAAGUGACUCGAGCCCAGAUUGAGGAGAACCUACAAAGUGGGCAAAAUGUUAAGGAAACCAGGGAAAAAGAGAAAAGCCACUUGGAGAUGCCGCUUGAGGAGAAUGUCAAUCAGAUAGUUCCAGAAGAAGGCACGGUGGAGGCCCGAACCAUUGAGGAUGCCAUCGCAGUUCUCAGCACUAAGGAAGACCUGGAUCGACACCCUGAGCGUCGUAUGAAAGCUGCCUACGCUGCGUUUGAAGAAGCAAACAUGGCACGCCUUAAAAUGGAGAACCCCAAUAUGCGACUUUCCCAGCUAAAACAACAGCUCAAGAAAGAGUGGACAAAGUCUCCGGAAAACCCCCUCAACCAACGAGUGGCCGCCUACAACUCCAAGUCACUUGGAGAUGCAUGACAACCUGACCAUCAAAUUGACC